AAUGUUCUAAACUUGAAAGUUAAACCUCUCAAGGGACUCGUAUCUGGCUUACACAGUAAGUAAAGUUCUCCAAGCAAAUAUCGAAGCAUUUGGAAGACUUCGAACUCAACAAAAGCAGCGAAGAAGUCAUGGAUCCAAAGAGAAGAGAGCUUAACCAGACAUUUGAACGCUUCAAAGCCGCUGUUGUCCGCAAUGAUUUCGACACUUCCACUCGUCUUCUCUCUCAACUCAAGGUAUCGCUGAUAGAGUUCAGGAGCCUUCCACCAUUGCUUGAAGCUACACCAGAUGCUGUUAAUGAAUUGACCUUAGCAAGGGAUGUCUUUGAGCAAGCUGUUUUUCUAAGUGUCAAAAUGGAGGAUCAGGAAGCAUUUGAAAGAGACUUUUACCAACUAAAACCUUAUUACACUGAUGCUAGGGAUCGUAUUCCACAAUCUCCUCAUGAAUACCCAAUCUUAGGCUUGAACCUGUUGAGGCUGCUUGUCCAAAAUAGAAUAGCAGAGUUUCACACCGAGUUGGAGUUGCUUUCAUCAACUGCCCUGGAGAAUGCUUGCAUUAAGCAUGCCGUAGAGCUGGAACAGUCUUUUAUGGAAGGAGCAUACAACCGUGUUUUGAGUGCUAAACUGUCUGUACCUCAUGAAACCUACGUGCACUUUAUGGAUUUGUUGGCUAAAACUGUGAGAGACGAAAUUGCGGGGUGUAGUGAGAAGGCAUAUGAUUCUCUUUCACUAAAUGAUGCACGUCAAUUGUUGCUUUUCCCAUCGGACAAUGAUUUGCUGGAGUACAUCAAGGAGGAGCAUCCUGAUUGGGAGAUCAAAGAUGGAUGUGUGAUUUUUCAGAAGUCUAAAGAUUCUGCACCAUGCAAGGAGAUUCCAUCUUUGUUGCUCAUCAACCAAACUCUCAGUUAUGCUAGAGAACUCGAAAGGAUUGUGUAGUGAAGUAGCUCGAAACAAAGAUGAUUCUUCGUUCAUGCAAGUUAAAUGCAUCAUCCAAUUGUAAUUGGGACAAAUUGAGCUUCAAAAGGUGCAUAUGCACAGAACACUUUCGUGAUAGUUUUGUAUUUGGAUUUUAGCAUUACAUUUCAAGAUCAUUUCUCCCAGUCACUGACCUUCCAGUUAAUUUAGCUUUGAAUCAUUUGAUUGUCCGUGUUAUCAAUGUCUUUGCCGUCUCAAAAGUGUUAUAGGUCUCUUUUAAGUUCACUUGAUUUGUUGCUCUAUAAUUUAUCAACUGGAUGGAUAAAAGGAUCAACUAGUGUUUCAGUGUUUGCAUUUUUUGUGCUGUAGUGCUGCCAUGUCUUUUUGUGCCAA